CACAAAAGAUCAAUUUUAAGUAAGUGCCUUAAAAUGUUCUCUAAAAUAUCAGCUACAAAUGUCGCCCAUGUGACGCACUCUCAGUGUUUAUCAUGUUUUGGAAGUGCUGCAUGAUUUUGACAAGUCAUUCCCGCGAGCGGCCAUGACUCUGUUCUCUUUCCAGCUCACACCCUUCGCUUUGGUUCUUUAUAUCCGACUGUAAAUUUGCAAAUGUUUCACAGAUUACUAUCAUUUGUUGGGUUCAGUUCGGAUUUUUGAGGCCUCUUGAGGCGGCUAGUUUAUUGUGCACCCCAUACUCAUCCUGUGAGCAAAAUUUUGUAAUGCGCAAAAAGCAAUACAGAGGGCACAAAAAAUCUUUUAUCAGCCCUCAACGGAGAUUAUUACAUAAACAAUUUCAUCCCGGAUAUGUUAACUGAAAACCUUUCCCACACGUCAAACGUUUCAUGUAUUUUUUUAUUUGCAUUCCAUACGAUGACAAGUGUUGACAAAUUUCAAUAUAUAUAUUACAGCUUACUUAAAAAAAUAUAGCUGAUUUCAUAAAGCAAAAUACAUUAAAAUGUGUACCUCACUCAAUAGAUGACGCUGACAUGAAUGUAUUGUGCUAGUUCACGACAACAUAGUUUACUCAGUAGGUGUCGUUGAUACAUAGUGUCAAAUAACAAACAUGGUAACUCUUCAGAAAAUAUCAACAAGUCGACAUCUUUGAAUAAUUUGGUUAUUAACAUGUUUCAACCAAUCAAGUAGGAUGUUCUCUACAUCAACAGGUGUUUGCUAAUGAAUGUUUAAGCUUGAGCAGGACAAGGUUUACCAAGUUGACACUCACGGUAUUAUCUACCUUGUCAGGUGUGUGCGAUGGUGCAUUUGAGGGAGGAGGCGUUGGCUCUGGUGUUGGCGGUCGUGAGGGAGGCCAGCACGCACCCGCCGCCUGACCUGGCCUGGCUCAUACCCUCCCCUCCAGAACCAAUCUCCAAUCUCGACUGGCCUCUUAAGGAAGUAACCUGGGCAAAACAUUCAGAUAUCGUCAAGAAGCUUGCCCAACUGACAGACUACUGGAGCUUGUCUAAACGCCCACCCUUGCCCUCUGCCCUGCCUAAAUCUACUAGUGAACAAGCUCUCUCCACUGCGCUAUUACCCUCCACAUCCGCACCCUCCACCGCACCCACUAACGCUAAGCCUCUCCCUCUUUCUGAUGAUCCCGCCACCAAUUUUAUCCCAUCAACAUUAGUACCUACCUUGCCUGCAAAAGCGACUAGGUCCACUGCAGGCAUGAACAGUAGAAUAUCCAGGAACUCGUCUAAGCCAACCAUUGAGUUGAGGUCCUCACCCAAUGUGAGGACCCAGUCUACAUCCUCGGCAUGCGUUAUGUCCACUAGAUCCAAGCCCACAUCUACAACAGCUGAAUCCCCAUUCCCUACAACAGCCACCGGGUCGAGGUUAUCAUCCACUGCAAUUGCCACCGGGUUUCAGUCUUCAUCUAAUUCUAUAAUCACUAGGUCUAGGUCCUCAGCCGCUGCAACAGCCACCCGGCCCAACCCCUCGCCCGCUGCAACAGCCACCCGGCCCAACCCCUCGCCCGCUGCAACAGCCACCCGGCCCAACCCCUCGCCCGCUGCAACAGAAACCCGGCCCAACCCCUCGCCCGCUGCAACAGCCACCCGGCCCAAUCCUUGGCCCACCGGAUGCACCUCCUCGUCUGCUACAACAGCCACCGGAUGCAACUCCUCUAAACGGUCCAAUUCCAGCUGCUGUGUUGACACCUUGGUGACGCUUGUUGAUAUUCUACACUUGGUAAGCAGCCAGUUGGAGCUUUUCUAUACGGUUCAACACGCCCACCUUCAGACUCUCCGCUACUAUGUCUGUCACACCUUCUCCCCAUUGCUGAGGCAGCCUCUCCUCUCUGCUCUUGAUAAAGCGUACGAGCAACUGGUGCCGGGCGUCGAAUCCUGCUGGAGCUGGUGUCGCUGCCUGACGGUGGCCCAUGCAGCCAACCCUUCCAUCUUCCUGGUCCAGAACCUGCCUCCGCCUCCCCCAACCUUCACCCUGACUGACGACGACGAUCACCACCACCACCACUCCAACGGCGACAAGACGGCGAUGAAGCCUCCAGUAGGUGGACACGUGACCAGGAAGGGCGUAAUGAGGCGGGUGCUGGCUGGCAAGAGGCGCAGACAAUCAUGAAACCAGGCGUCGUUUCAGAUAAGUUUGAGUCGUGGGCAGAGCGAAAAGCAACAUCCCACACGACUUCAAGAUCAAGCUGCCGAGAUGCACCCAACCUCAAGCUGGAUGACGUCAACACCCUCCAUUCACCCGUCACUGCGGUCAACAUAUGGCUUUCGCCAACGGCAGUUGUCUACUUAAGAUCAUCUAACAUCUGUCGGCAGUGAUUCACUUUUGCUGACAAGUCUAUGGAGCAACUUAUCGACUACUGCUCGUGGUCGUUUUCAAUGAAACUCGACUUGUAUUUUUAAUCUGACAAUGUAAUAAUGACUUGUAUUAUUCAAACCCGACUGAUCAAAAACUUUUAGCAUUGUUCUGCUGUAAAUAACGGAGCUUAAUUUUGCGCUCGUCUAAGACAUGAUUGAUUUUGAGAUUUAUAAUACUACAUAUUAUUAUAAUACCAUAUUAUAAACUCAGUAACACGGGAAAAUACCCUCAGGUUUUAAAAAAUAAAAUUUUAAACAGUUUUAUUUUAUAUUUAAGAAAUCUUUAACAAAUUGUAUUGUUCUAAAUCUGCUUUUAAUUACUCAUUUGUAAUUCUCAACGUUCAAUAAAGUUUAUUUAUA